GCCUGUGUGGAAGUGCCGUGCGGAUUUCGAUUUCAAAGAUACAACUCUCCGGGCUCCACAAACAAAUACAUAAUUAUAUAUAUAUACAAAUAUACAUGGUCUUGCACAGCCAUCGCCAUAACGAGUUUUCUGCGGUGUGAAUUAACAAAAGAAAAGAGAAAGAAAAAUCAAAGUUGGAAGUCGAAAACAAAAAAACAAGUCAAGUGCAACGGAAACUUAAAAACAAAAUUAAAAUUCGAAUAAAAUCAAAGCCGAAGCGAAAGCUCGGAGAGACUUAACCGCGCCGCGAAGUGAACAAUUUUCUGAGUGAACCAUCAUGGCCUGGGGCUAUUGGUCCGCCACGACUGUGGAUCGUGGGCGAUCGCCGCGCCGCCUGACGCAGUGUGCACCACUUCCGGUCAACAUAGUGCAGCAGGAGGAGGAGGAGGAGCAGCCCUGUCUGCCGCAGCAGCAACAGCAGCAUCCGCAGCAGCAGCAUCCGCAACAGCAGCAGCAACAGCAGUCGCAGACCUGUCCCAGCACUCCGUCGGCCAAUCAGCAGGGCAGCGGCAAUCUCUGCUACAGCCCCACCUGUCGAUCCCGCUGUUCCAGUCCCUGUCCAGGAUCUCCGUGCGGUUCCAUCACGCCGCCACCCCCGCCGCUGCUCACAUCGUCGCAGCAGCACCUGCACUCCAACAAGAAUUGCCCGGCAGCCCAGCAACUGAUGACUCACCUGGACUAUGCGUCCCGCAGACAAUCGCUCGACCAGCUGGACAGUCCACAGUCCAAGUACUUUGACAUUCAGGCCAACCAGCUGUCGGACAUCAUGUGCCGUGGUGCGGUGGUCAGUUCGAUCCAGUCGGCGAACAACACGCUGACCCGCGGCGUAUCCAUGCACAGCCGGAGUGGCAGUGCCCACGGCAGUCACCACGGCAGCCACCACAGUCACAGCCAUCAUGGGAGUGCCCACGGAUCGCUGGGCUGUUUGCAGGGCGGCGUGGGAGUGGGCGUGGGCACGGGCAGUACGGGCAGCAUUGGCAUGAUGUCGGCGGGUCACAUCGAUACGGGCGACUACGAUGUGCCGCAUCCGCAUCCGUAUACCCAUCACUACAUGCAGACGACGGCCUCGGUGACCCCGCCACACACCUCCCUCAGUCGCCCGGGAUCGGCGGGUGCCGUGUGCCAGGGUCACGACUCCGGCUCGGAUUCCAGCCAGGGAUGCGGUGGAUCCAUCAUGGGCGGCAUGCUGGUCAUGGGUCACCCAGGACACAUGGGCAGCUUGGGUCACCACAGCGCCGGCAGUGGAUCGCUGGGCAGGUGCUCGAGCAGGUGUCACAACACGAACACCACGACGACGGAUGACUCGGGUGGUGGCAGCAGUGGCGGCGGCGGAGGAGGAGUACCCGGCUCCAUGGGCAGUGCCUCCAUGGGCGUGGGAAUGCCGGGCAUGCUGAUGGACUACCAUCACAGUCACCACAGUGGCAGCGCCGGAAGUGGCCUAAACGGAUGCGGCGGAGGCAGCAUCGCCGGGGGAAGCAUCGGCGGAAGGAGCAGUGUGUUGGGCACGAUCCACAAUGGGCAUGGACACCACCAUCAGCAGUAUCACCACGAGUGUAUCCACUACGAGCGGCUGCCCAUUCCCGUGCCCAUACCCACUGUGCCCAUGGGCGUGGCACCGCCCUCGCAGCAGAUGUCGCAGCAUCAGCUCCAGUCGGAGGAGGAGAUCGAGCCGGCCUAUGCGACAGUAUUCCCCAAUGUUCCUCAAGCGCCGGGACUGUCCUGCGAUGGCGAAGAUCGCAGCAUCUAUCGACGCGGUGCUCGACGCUGGCGCAAGUUGUAUCGCGUCAAUGGACACAUUUUCCAGGCCAAGCGUUUCAACCGGCGUGCUUUCUGUGCCUACUGCCAGGAUCGAAUCUGGGGCCUGGGACGUCAGGGUUUCAAGUGCAUUCAGUGCAAGCUGCUGGUGCACAAGAAGUGCCAUAAGCUGGUGCAGAAGCACUGCACCGACCAGCCGGAGCCGCUGGUCAAGGAGCGCGCGGAGGAGUCCAGUGAUCCGAUGCCGGUGCCCCUGCCGCCGCUUCCAUACGAGGCGAUGGGCGGCGGAGCGGAUGCCUGCGAGUCGCACGACCAUGCGCACAUAGUGGCUCCACCGCCGCCGGAGGAUCCCCUGGAGCCGGGCACUCAGCGCCAGUAUUCGCUGAAUGACUUCGAGCUGAUACGGGUCAUCGGACGCGGCAGCUACGCCAAGGUGCUGAUGGUGGAGCUACGACGCACACGGCGCAUCUACGCCAUGAAGGUGAUCAAGAAGGCGCUGGUCACCGACGACGAGGACAUCGACUGGGUGCAGACGGAGAAGCACGUGUUCGAGACGGCCUCCAAUCACCCCUUCCUGGUGGGGCUGCACUCGUGCUUCCAGACGCCCUCGCGGCUCUUCUUCGUCAUCGAGUUUGUGCGCGGUGGUGACCUGAUGUACCACAUGCAGCGGCAGCGGCGGCUGCCCGAGGAGCACGCCCGCUUCUAUGCGGCCGAAAUCAGUCUGGCCUUGAACUUCCUCCACGAGAAGGGCAUCAUCUAUCGCGAUCUGAAGCUGGACAACGUCCUUCUGGAUCACGAGGGUCACAUUAAGCUGACGGAUUACGGCAUGUGCAAGGAGGGCAUUCGAUCCGGGGACACCACCUCCACGUUCUGCGGCACACCCAACUACAUUGCGCCGGAGAUCCUGAGGGGCGAGGACUAUGGCUUCUCGGUGGACUGGUGGGCACUGGGUGUCUUACUCUACGAGAUGCUGGCCGGACGUAGUCCGUUCGAUCUGGCAGGAGCCUCUGAGAAUCCCGAUCAGAAUACUGAGGACUAUCUGUUCCAAGUGAUCCUGGAGAAGACCAUUCGUAUUCCCCGCUCGCUGAGCGUUCGGGCCGCCUCCGUGUUAAAAGGUUUCCUCAACAAGAAUCCCGCUGACCGUUUGGGCUGCCAUCGGGAGUCCGCAUUCAUGGAUAUCGUCAGCCAUCCGUUCUUCAAGAAUAUGGAUUGGGAAUUGCUUGAGCGCAAACAGGUCACGCCACCAUUCAAGCCACGCUUAGACUCAGAUCGCGACCUGGCCAAUUUCCCGCCCGAGUUCACCGGCGAGGCCGUGCAGCUGACCCCGGACGAUGAUCAUGUCAUUGAUAACAUCGAUCAGUCCGAGUUCGAGGGCUUUGAGUAUGUGAACCCCUUGCUGAUGUCUCUGGAGGAUUGCGUCUGACACCACGAAAUGUGCGACUUACAUCCGUAUAACAUGCGGCUCUACGGCGAGGAUUCCAGUGAUUACGAUUCCGUGGCUGAUGACCUGAGUCUCCUGCAUCUGAACAGCGCAGCGGGAGCAGGUGGAUCGGUCAGCAGCAACAACAAUCUCAGCCAGCAGCAACAUUAUCGCCAGCAACAGCAACAGCAGCAGCAGCAAUAUCAUCCCCAUUCAGCAUACUCACAGCAGCAACAGCAGCAGCAGCAUCAGCAGCUGCAGCAACAUCAGCAGCAGCAACAACUUCAUCAUAAUGGUAACAUUCAUAAUAAUCAAAUGCAAGCAAAUAAUAAUAAAAGUCUACUGCAGCACAUGUUUUGCCUUCCAUUGAACUAAUUAAAAUAACGAAUUAGAUAAAACAACAAGCAACAACAAUGAGCCACACAGCAACAACCAGUAGCAGAGCAACAAAGAUUAAAUUAAUAUGAUUCUAAAAUGCAAAUGCAAUUUCAAAAAUAUACAAUACCACUUAUAUAAUCCUCUCUCAAGAACAGACAAAACUUUCAUAAGCAAAGUAUAUUUAUUAUAUAAAAAAAACCGAAAAGAAAAAACAGUCACAAGUUGCAAGUAUUACACUAGAAGGACAUAAAGCAAAACGAUUACUUUACUAUUUAAGCACCUAUAGGCAGCCAGGCAAACUUUAUGCAAGCAAAGGAAAAACCAUUUCAUAACUCAAUGCAAGACUUUUCACGAAAGAAACUUAGGGAUAGUUUUCCCGCAAGAAUGCAACAAGAACUUUUUAAGCUAAAAAUACGUGCAUCAAUAUAUGAAUAUAUAAUUUUUAAAGGUUUAACCCACUAACAAAGGACAUUUCAAAGUUAAUUUUACUAGCCAGGAAGUGCGAGGAAAAGAAGGAGGAUGAGGAGUAUAUAUUUCAAUGGAAUCAAUCUAUAAUAUCUAAGCAUAUAUAACUCUAAUGUAAAAUGUGUGUGUGUUAGUAUUAGAGAGCAGAGCAUGGUUUUUAAAGGCGACAGCAAAAGAUCGACAUAAUAUACGUGUACUGUGAGCAGCAAUAGUUAAUGAAAACAAAAAAUAUACCACAAAUUGUAACUUCGUAACUCUAAUUUUUACACGGAGAACAGUUAACCAAAAUUUGGGGAAUUAAUUCUCUUAAAUGCGAACAAAAACAUAUUUAUUUAUUGUAUUCAUUUUGUAUUAUUUAUUUUUAAACGAAAAACAAGAAAACACAAUCCGUCUACUGGCAAUAUAUCUUUGUUUAGUAUUAAAGAAACUUUUGUUUUUUAAUGCAUUCCACUGUACUUACGACAACAAAAUGAGUAUAUAUAUUUUUGUUGGUUUACGGAGGCAUAAGAUUUGAUGCCAUCGCAAAAAUAUAGCAUAUUUACAAAUUUUUAGUGAUGAGAACCUUUGUCGAAAAUCAAAAAUCAAAAUUCACAUUUCUUUGAUUUUCUUUUUUCGCGUAUUUCGCGCGAGCUUUUAGCCUAAUAUUUAAAAAUAAAUAUACAAAUUAAACUUAAAUACCAGAUUGUAUAUUAUGUUUUUGUAAUCCCACAUAAAAAUAUUGCGAAAUUAAUUAAAAUUAGUAUUACAUAUAUCGAAAAUAUCAUUGUGUUGCGAAGGUAAAUAAAUUAUUGUGUUUUUAAUUGAAACUAAAGAUAAAUUUCAACAAAAAUGUUACUUGUUAAUGUAUGAAAAGCAAAUAAAAGUCAAAAAUUAAGCGCAUAUUGUUACAUUUCCAAAUACAACGCAAUCUAAAGAAAAAGUAAUAUUGAUCAAACCGAGUUUUUGAUUAAACAAAAUAGUAAGCAAUAAAUUUAAAUGCAAAACAAACAAGACAAACACUGCACCUAAAGGUUACCGAGUUGAUUAAACGCGACAUGUAUUCUUUAGCCUAUCCCAUUAAUUAUGUUGUUGUGUUUGAUAACCGAGUUCUAUGAGUAAGUUUAAUUAGUCUAUAAUGAUUUUAAUUGUGCGUAUACAUUAAAUUUGUAUUUCUCUUCAAUCGACGUUUCCAACUGAUUUUGUAAACUGGACGCACUUUCGGCAUAAAUUACCAGAUGCUAGCAAAAUGUCAAAAUGAAAUUGAAAACGUAAACGAAUAGUUGCGUUGCAAUUAUGCAUAUAAACAAAAACGAAUAAAGUACGGUAUAAGAAAAA